UGAUGAUUCAUGUGAUAUUUCUGAUCAUGAUUCAUUCAAUGGUCCUAGUGAUGAUUCAUAUGAUAGCCUCAUCGAUAGUUUACACGAUAAUCAUGUCAAUGAUUCAUAUGAUAGUUUAUGCAACUUUUCUUUAUCUAAAG